UCUGCAGAUUAUUUGUGCACUCCAGAGGAAAAUGUUUACAAGAUAGACUUCACCAGGUUCAAAAUCCGGGACAUGGAAUCUGGCACAGUCUUGUUUGAAAUUACCAAACCAGCAGCUUCAGAACGUGAACACAGUGACAAGAAGGACAUUGACCCCAAUGCUGGACGGUUUGUACGCUAUCAGUUUACCCCAGCUUUUCUUAGACUUCGGCAAGUGGGAGCCACGGUGGAAUUCACAGUAGGGGACAAACCCAUUAAUAACUUCCGCAUGAUUGAGAGGCACUACUUCCGGGAUCAACUGCUUAAGAGUUUUGAUUUUGAAUUUGGGUUCUGCAUCCCCAGCAGUAAAAAUACUUGUGAGCACAUCUAUGAAUUCCCACAGCUCUCUGAGGAUCUCAUUCGAGAGAUGAUCCUUCAUCCGUAUGAGACACAGUCGGACAGUUUCUACUUUGUAGACAACAAGCUCGUGAUGCACAACAAGGCAGAUUAUUCAUACAGUGGAGGACCUUGAGCACAGGACGGACAGCCAACCUGCGCUGGCCUUCCCUUUCCUAUCGAAGUCAUCAGGGAUACCAACACCUUCAGUUCCGUUGCCUACAAUGUCAACUGGACGAGGAUCCACAAACCGAGGACUCUUUGCCACAGUAGGAGUUUCAUGACUAAAUUUGCCAGUCUCAUCUUUUUUGAGCUUUGAAGCAGACCCAGAACUUCUUCAGAACUUUAAGCGGUUCUAGAAUGCUAAAUGAUCUUUGGAUACCACUUCCCUAAGUUCUUUAAGUGUCUGCUUUGGAAAUGGCCUUGUGGGACCUGGGGGAUUUUGCCCUAAUUCUGCGGAUUUGUGUUCUUGUCCUCAAGUAUCUUUUAGGACGUGAUUGCUUUCUCAAAGAAUGUAAUCUGAGCAACCACGUGAGUGGAUGGAUGCAAAUGCAGAGUUUUGUUUAUUUGUUUCUCUUUGUGAAUGCUUCAAAGGCAUGGCCAAUUUAACUUGUACAUCCAGUUGAAAAUGUCGAGCAUAACAUCUUACAAAAGCAAGUUUCAUCUUUAGAUUCGUUCUCUAAAUAAGUAGUUCAUCCUUUAGUUUUGUUCCUUCUGUGUAACAUUCUGUUUAGUCUUGGAAACACUGAAACUCGCAGUGAAGACCAGUAGUUCAAUGACAGAGCUGUUUUUAAUUGGGUACUGUCCUUUUACAUUUCAGAGGAAAGCAAACUGGCAUUGAGGGUCUAUGAACCUCCAUAAGCAUUUUCCAUUAAUUUCAGUUUUUGCAAACUGAUUGCAGAAUAAUCAGGAAAAAUUGAAGGAUUUUAGCUUUAUUUAACAUUUUUACAUAGCUAACUUUCAGCCUAUUCAUGCUAUAUGUUUUCCAUGUCUAUUUUCUUUCAUCUCUGCUCAAUACUAAGGUAAGGGCUUCAGCACUGCUUGUUAGAGCAAUGCUUUCAUUUGUCUAGGGCAGUUGGAGAGUGUGGAAUUUCCAAUUUUCCAUUUGUAUCUGAAUUUGAAGAAUGUUGUGACAGUGUUUUCCCUUUGUUAAAAAUGUUUCACAUCGGAUAUUAAUACAGGUGAAACAGUAAGCCUAAUAACAUAGGACUUUAAGGCACAGCAGAAAUUUAGCAAGAGCUCUCUCUUCAGACUCUGUAAGAAGUUUAAGACCAAUUUUGCCCAAGUUUCUCAGCUUCUGCUUCCUAGAAAGACAGAAGUGCAAAGAAGUAGCAACAUCAAUAGAGUAAACUAGUGUAUGCAAAACAAAACCUGAGAAGGCUGUGUGGGGUAGCCUGUUGUCAUGAAACCCUUACUCUAAAGGUCAGUUCACUGACACUUUAAAAAAAUAAAAGGCAGUUGCAGUUUGUAGAUAUUUCUAUAAAUACUUGAUGUCUCCAUGUCUAAUUCUGUGAGUUUAAGUGGAACAUUAUAUGUUAGCCUCAGAUAGGUGUGAUUGUAAUAAUUUUUAUAAGAUACCAUUUCCAGUCAUGAUUAACAUCUUUCUAGUCACAGCCUAAGUCAAACAGAACUACAAAUGGUUCCAAAUGUGGCCAUCUGCCUAAGAACAGGGAGGGUUUUGUGCUCUUUUUGGGGUUGCGAUCACUAUUAAAUGUGUUACCGUUUGUAUUUGGCUUGGCUUUCUUUACUUCUGAAAGAGGAUUCAGUUUUCUAAAGAAAAUGCAGUGAAUUUAGGUUACAGCACAAAAUUUUUUAUUGAGAUUGAUAGCUAAGAAAGUAUGUAAAGUUCACUGAUUUUACACAACCAGUAUCUUGUAGUAAUUAUUAUCACAAUGGGACUUGUAUUUAUCACUAUUUUUUGUCUCUAGCGUAUUAAAUCAUACAAUUAGCCUACGGCUGACUUAUCUGUUUGAGAGUUACAAAGAAUGUCCUCAUUAUUUGUACAAUGCUUUGAGCUACUGAUGAUUAAGUUUUAUAGCACAAUAAUUACUAAAGGUGAAAUUAGUUUCAAAAAGUCUAGGUCUCCCCCCCCCUUUAUUUCUUUUGC